UCAAAGCUCUCGAAUAAUUCAAAAAUUAGCGCAAAAUCCGCGCCCCCUAGCGGCGACUAUUUCUGAGGUUAUGUCGCGAAAAAUGCGUUUUAUGUUGGAUUGAGGCGUGCUGGAGUGGACUUACGUGUUUUGGGGCGGAUUCCUGGCGGUUUCGUGCAGGGAUCGCGAGGAUGGCCACCAUCAACCCCUUGUUGGUCUCGCUUGACAUCAAAUCCACGGAUAAAGUCAUCUCGAUCAAAGAAAACGGAAAUAUUGACUCCAAUUUCGUCAUAACGCACCUCAUCAAACAGAUCUUGUUUGAAAAUAACAAGCUAUGUUUUGUGAUUUUACACAAUACUUUAGGUCAUUAUCACAAUGUAGGCAAGAGAUUAGGGUACGAUUUUCUCAAACAGGUUGAAGAGGGUUGUAUUAAAACCAUUGAACCCCUUAAGGACAUUGUGGAGGAUAUUGGAAACGGGACUAAUUAUCUAAUUGAUGAUAAGGAGCAAAUCGUUAAAGCCCUUUUCACGAGUAUCAAAAACAGUAUUGAAGAAUUUACAGCAACCACCCCCAAUCGUGCCUAUUUAAUAAUUGACGAUAUUAGCCAUUUGUUAGAUCUAGGAAUCGAUCUUAAGUACAUUAUAAGCUUUAUAAAUUAUUGUUUAAGUCUUAUUAACGAUGAUCGGGUUUCUGUUGUGAUUAACACGCACGUUUGUAGUAAACCUGAUGAAAUCAUUUGUAAUAAUUUAAAUUAUGUGUCUGAUGUUGUUAUAGAGGUUUUGCCUUUGAAAACUGGAAUCAGUAGGGAAGUCACGGGUGUUAUGACUAUUGAAAAAUCAGGGAAAGCGCAGGUUACACAGUUUCAUUUUAAAGCCUACGAUAAGGGAAUUAAGACUUUUCAUUUGGGAGAGUCGGUUUAUAAUUUAUACAAAUAGACUGAUUUUUGUUUUUUGCUUUUUUAUAUUUUAUAGUUUUACUGUUUGCAAGUUAAUAAAUGAGUAACAACGAUGAUUAAA